AUGGCGGCGGCGGUGAAGGUGUACGGGUGGGCGAUGUCGCCGUUCGUGGCGCGCCCAUUGCUGUGCCUGGAGGAGGCAGGCGUCGACUACGAGCUCGUCCCCAUGAGCCGCGAGGCCGGCGACCACCGCCAGCCGGACUUCCUCGCCAGGAACCCCUUCGGCCAGGUGCCGGUUCUCGAGGACGGCGACCUCACUCUCUUCGAAUCGCGGGCAAUCGCGAGGCACGUGCUUCGCAAGUACAAGCCGGAGUUGCUGGUAGGCGACGGCUCGCCGGAGUCGGCGUCCACGGUCGACAUGUGGCUGGAGGUGGAGGCCCACCAGCACCACCCCGUGUUGGUCGCCAUCACGAUGCAGUGCCUCGUCGCCCCGCUCCUCGGCAACGCGCCGGACCAGGCCGUCCUCGACGAGAACCUCGGGAAGCUGGGGAAGGUGCUGGAGGUGUACGAGGCACGGCUGUCGGCAUCCAAGUACCUCGCCGGGGAAUCGGUCAGCAUCGCCGACCUCAGCCACUUCCCGAUGAUGCGCUACUUCAUGGAGACCGAGUACGCGGCGCUGGUAGAGGAGAGCCCCCAUGUCAAGGCGUGGUGGGAGGAGCUCAAGGCGAGGCCGGCGGCCAGAAGGGUGACGGAGUUCAUGCCGCCUGACUUUGGGCUUGGAAAGAAGGCAGAGAAGUGA